AUAUAUUCCGGAUAUCCGUAAUCUUCGAUGGCCAAUUUUACUUUUAAAUACUCUAAAGUGCGUUCUGCGCAUGCCCAUUACAGGUAGCAACGGUGUUCGACAAUAUUUACCACUGACAGCGUUCAAAAUUAGAAGAAAAUGACUACUUACAGGGGAGCAGACUCAAAGAGGGAAGAGUUUAGGAGGUACCUAGAAAAAGCUGGUGUUCUAGAUGCACUCACAAAAGUGUUGGUGGGAUUGUAUGAAGAACCAGAAAAACCAAACAAUGCAUUAGACUUUUUGAAGCAGCAUUUAGGGGCCUCAGGACCAGAGACAGCUGAUGUUGAAGCCCUAAAAUUAGAAGUGACAGAACUCCGACAAAAAGUGGAACAAUUGACAGAAGAAAACCAGGAAAUGAGAGCAAAGUUACAACAAUUUGAAGAGGAACCACAAACUUCUUAGAUGCUUAUUUAACAUCAUAUACACCAUAUGUACAUUCUAUUCAUCAAGUCUGGCUUGUUCAGUAAAUGAUUAACCAAUAUUUUUGGCUUGAUUUCAACUUUCUGUAAAUUAACCUGUACAGACUGUACAUCAGGAUCAAUCAUGAUUAUCUGAACAAAUAUUCAGUCUCGGCAAAUAGUGAUAUGUUUGCUUAUAAUUAAAGUCUUAAUAUCUGUGGCCAAAAAAACAAAAAAGAAAUCUGGGAAAUAAUGAUGUAACAAUAAAUCUUGUACAUAUUCCUUAUUAUGUGAGGUACAUGAUAGUGGUAUGCUCACUGAGUGAGAGUAUUUUAUGAUGUUCUGUUUCCUUUUUAAUCAUUUAUAGAGCAAAUCUUGACUGUUAGUUUCAAAUGUUUACAAAAUUGUUUACAAGUCAUUUUAAAACAUUAAAAAUGUUCACUUAAA